CCGGGGGGCGACGGCUGGCUGAGUCGACCUAUCUCACCUGGCCUUUCCUGACAGCUGCAAUCCGUUCCGGGAAAUCCAGGCCGGAGUUUGCCUCCCGCCCAACCACCGUCCGCCACUUUUGGACGGUUGGCCCCUGUAUUUAUUUAAUGGUUGAUUACCAGCCUGGAUUAUUUUUCUUUUUUUUUUGCAAAGUGUUGCUGUCCGUCGAGGGGUCUUUGCACGCGCCUGGCGCUCCUGGACCAACCACCCACCCCCCGCUUCUCUCCAGCCUUCAGAUUUGACUCUACUUUCUGCAGAGCCCAGGGCUGACCGAUCCAUGGCGGAAACCAUUUUUGGCAAUGGGAAUGACCAAUGGGUAUGCCCCAAUGAUCGACAUCUGGCUCUCCGCGCCAAGCUUCAGACCGGUUGGUCGGUGCGCACUUUCCAAACGGACCGUCAGAGGAAGAUGCAAGCUCUGGAUUCGAAAGAAAUGGAGGUCAUUCUGGCAGUCAUCCAAAGAGCUGAGAAGCUGGACAUAAUUGAGCAGAAGAGAAUUGGGCGCCUGGUGGAGCGGCUGGAGAACAUGCAGAAAAACGUCCUGGGGAACGGAUCGUCCCAGUGCCUGCUCUGCGGGGAAGGCCUGGGGUUUUUGGGGAGCACGGGGGUGUUUUGCCAAGACUGCAAAAAGAAAGUUUGCACGAAGUGUGGCAUAGAAACGCCGGGUGCCCACAAACGGCCCGUUUGGUUCUGUAAGAUCUGCAGCGAGCAGAGGGAGGUCUGGAAGCGAUCCGGAGCCUGGUUUUUCAAAGGCCUCCCCAAAUGCAUCCUGCCAUUAAAAGAGACCAGCAGCAGAAAAGCCAAGGAAAUCCACCUUAGGCCCCGUCCUCCUCGCCCGGAACCAUCAUCGCUGGAGCUCCGGGGCAGCGGGAUGGAUCACACCUAUACCUGGGCCAGGGGAAAAGUUGUCUCCAGCGACAGCGACAGCGAUUCUGAGAUCAGCUCCUCGAGUUUUGACGAUCGGUCCUUGUCCGUGGGAUCAAAGGGUUUCCAGAUGAGGAAGCGCGCAGCAGACUCCGUUUCCAGUGGCGAGGCUGCCCGGUUGCCAAGCGGGAGCACCGGACGGGCUCUGGGAAGCACCAAAUCAGAAAGCCAAAGCAGUCUGGGUAGCGAGCGAUACAGUGCCCCGGAGGGCUACCAGAGUGACCGUGAAGAUGGAGAUAGCGAUACCGUCCGAAGCGCUCCUGUUCAGCCGCCUAGAGCUUCCAGCUCCAGCAGCAGUCUACCAGAGAAGCUCGGCGGAUGGAGGAGCCCCCCCUCCCACGCCUUUCCCGAAGCUGCGCUGGCCGGGCCGAUCUCCCUCCCGUCUCUAGCAAGAGCCUUCAAAGCGAGCCCCGUCCUCGGUCGCCCCUUCGCCCCGGCCCUUUUGCUGGCCUCGCCUGGGCAGGGCUGGGCAGAGCCGGUGACAUCACCCUCCACCGCCCACCCGUUGCCGUCCGCCGUCCGCCGCCGCCGCCGCUGCUCGCCUCCCGUCCCUCCCUCCGCCCUCCUCCAGCAGCCAGCAGCGUGGCCGGGGCGCUCGGCGCGGCAGGGCCGGGCUGGCGACGGCCUCUCCUGGCGGCAGCAACGGCGGCGGCAGCAGCAUCAACAGCACCAGCAGCACCAGCGGCUCCCGCAGCAGCCCCCGCAGCCGCCUCCUUCCCCGGGCGCCACCUGCAUGAGCCACCGCAAAGGCGACAAGCCGCCCAUCAGCAUCCAGGAGCACAUGGCCAUCGACGUCUGCCCAGGUCCCAUCCGCCCCAUCAAGCAGAUCUCCGACUACUUCCCGCGUUUCCCCCGCGGCCUCCCCGCCGCCGCUUUGCUCAGCCGGAGCCAGAGCCUGCAACGCCGCGCUUCUACCUCGGCCGGUCCGCCCAGCCCGUCCGGGACGCCUCCGCCUCGGGACGACGAUGAAGACCUGGACCAACUCUUCGGCGCUUACGGCACCGGCCAGACCCUCAGCCCAGCCGGCAAAGCCCAGCAGCAGCAGCAGCAGGAUCAGGACCCCCCGACCCAUCAUCCACCGCCGCCGCUGGCCCGCCCGGAGGAGGAAGAGGAGGCGGCCGACGGCUACGAAUCCGACGACUGCACUGCGCUGGGGACGUUAGAUUUCAGCUUGCUGUACGAUCAGGAAAACAACGCGCUUCACUGCACGAUCAACAAAGCCAAGGGCCUGAAGCCGAUGGACCAUAAUGGGCUGGCUGAUCCAUACGUGAAAUUGCACUUACUCCCUGGAGCCAGCAAGGCGAACAAACUGAGGACCAAAACUUUGCGGAAUACAUUAAAUCCCUCUUGGAAUGAAACCCUCACGUACUACGGGAUCACCGACGAAGACAUGAUCCGCAAAACGCUCAGAAUCUCGGUUUGCGACGAAGACAAAUUCCGCCACAAUGAGUUCAUUGGCGAAACGAGGAUUCCUCUCAAGAAACUGAAGCCCAACCAGACUAAGAAAUUCAACAUUUGCCUGGAGAAGCAGCUGCCGAUGGACAAAAUGGAAGACAAGUCACUGGAGGAACGUGGCCGGAUCCUUGUUUCCUUGAAGUACAGUUCUCAGAAACAGGGCCUGCUGGUCGGCAUCGUCCGCUGCGCUCACUUGGCCGCCAUGGACGCCAACGGUUACUCCGAUCCCUACGUGAAAACCUACUUGAAGCCAGACGAGGACAAGAAAUCGAAGCAUAAGACGGCCGUGAAGAAGAAAACCCUCAACCCUGAAUUUAAUGAGGAAUUUUUGUAUGAGAUAAAGCACGGCGAUUUGGCCAAAAAGACCUUGGAGGUGACAGUCUGGGACUAUGACAUUGGCAAAUCCAACGAUUUUAUUGGUGGCGUGGUUCUGGGGAUCAACGCUAAAGGAGAACGCCUGAAGCACUGGUUUGACUGCUUAAAAAACAAGGAUAAGAAAAUCGAACGAUGGCACACGCUUACCAAUGAAUUACCAGGAGCUCUCCUUAGUGACUGACUGUCAGGCCUUGAACCUGGGACCGCCAAACGUCAAGAGGGACCGCAGGCUGUGGAUUGUGGGUUUAUUGACCGCACACGAUUCAUUCAGGGCCUCCCGGGGUGGAGGGGAGAAAUGGGCUGGGCAAGGGGCAUGGCUCAUUUUCCGGUGACUCCAAUCUGAAGCGGUUUGGUUUCUUGGGCGUUUGGUAAAUCCGUGGUAGAGGUUUUUUUGUUUUUUGUUUUGUUUUUUUCUGGGAUGCCUUGAACCCUUUGUGUGUAUGUGUUGACAGAAUGUGUGCGUUUGGGGAAAAGUUACCCUGCAUGUAUUAGCGAUUUAUAUGAAUAUUCUGAAUUUCCAGCUUGAAAAGUCAGCCUCUCAAUAACGUUUCGGCAAGUUUUACUAAGUCUCUUCAAACUGCGAUGUACAAAUGUUGCAACUUUUAAGACCUGUGGACUUCAACUCCCAGAAUUCCCGCCUGACUGGGGAAUUCUGGGACUUGAAGUCCACAGGUCUUAAAAGUUGCUAAUGUUGGAUACUCCUACUCUAAUAGAAAACACUUUGGCUUCCAUUUUUGGCGGUUGGAUAAUUUGGGGCAGGGUCUUUUCCUGCGUUUAAUGUUGACGGUGAUUUUAGUUCUUGGUUUGUGUGCCUGCUGAGUGUAUGUGCGCACGUAUACAUGUGUGUCUGGUUGUGUAAUGAAAGUGUGCUGUACAUUUGGCAUCCCUAGUGUUUUAGCUGCCCUUCCUGACAAUCUGUACAAAACCACAAAGGGCUGUGUAACUAAUUACUCAUUGUAUACCCCCGAAUAGCGUUUUUUGUGUUUCUUCGGCUUUACUUCUAAUUUACAAAAAACAAAGGAGUCAAAUCUACUUACCUUCCUUACCGGUUGGGAAGUGCAUGCGCCGUGCCCACAUGCGCAGAAGGUAACAAACACAUUACUUUCUGGUUAAAACCAGGAAGUAAUGAAACCCGUGUGGGUGGGCGGAGCUUUGCUCCGCCAUCGCUACCGGAUCGCCGAGCCACUGGCCACGAUCGCUACCGGAUCACGCGAUCCGGUUCGAUCCGAGAGCAUUUCACCCCUAAAAAAACAAUGCAAAAUUCUAAAAGAGCAGCUCAAAAUUUCUCAUUUGUUCACAAAUACGGCAGUUCUCGGCUUACAACCACAACGGAGCCCAAAAAUUUGGUUGCUAAACGAGACAGUUAAGUGAGAUUCGGCCCAUUUUGCAGUCUUCCUUGCCAAAAGCUGUUAAGUGAAUCAGUGCCGUAGGUAAGUUAGUAACUCGGUUGUUAAGUGAAUCCAUUGACUUUGCUUGGCAGAAGGUCGCAGGACCCCAGGAUACUGCAGCCGUCAUAAAUAUGAGUCACUUGCCAAACAUUUGAAUUUUGGUCAUGCGCCCAUGGGGAUGUUACAGUGGUCAUUAUGUGUGAAAAAUGGUCAACAGUCACUUUUUUCAGUGUUGUAACUUUGAACAGUCACUAAACAAACUGUUGUAAGUUACUUCCUGUAAAUACUACCUGUAUUAUACCCAGUUAGGAGCAUCUAUUCAUGGGUCAAAGAAAGCAACAUGGCAACUCCAACAGCAUACAGUAGUGGCCAGAAUUGUGGAAACCUUUUGGGAAAAGUAUAUUUUCUAAAACUAGCUAAUGACACCACUUUUUUUGGGGAGUAGUAUCAUAAAAUUUUAUAUCAACGGAAAGUGAAUUUAAUCAAGAAUGUAAUGCAAUAAGGAUUUGCUAUUAGAAUAGCAGCUACAGUAUAUAGAAGAAAAGUGAAACACAUAAAAAAAAAGAGAUAUACAAAGAUGAUCACCAUAGAAGAAAAAAUGAGAUAUACAAAAAUCUUUACCCUGUCAGUGAAUACUUCGUUGGGUAACCUUUAGUAUGAAUGACGGCCUUACAAUGUCUUCCCAUGGAGUGAACCAAGUCUUUGAGUUCUGCAGCUGUUCUAAUGUGAAACCAAGAUUGUAGGAUGGCUUCUAUUAACUGGGUUUUAUUGCUGAGUCGCUUCUGACUAACAAGUUUCUUUAGUCGGCUCCCUAGAUUUUCCAUUGGGUGAAAGUCUGGGCUAUUCCCAGGCCAUUCCAGCAGUGGAAUAGGAUUAUCUUGAAACGCCAAAAGAAGUGGUGUUAUUAGCCAUCAAACCUCAAAAAUACACUUUUAGAAUAGAAUAGAAUAGAAUAGAAUAGAAUAGAAUAGAAUAGAAUAGAAUAGAAUAGAAUAGAAUAGAAUAGAAUAGAAUAGAAUAGAAUUUUAUUGGCCAAGUGUGAUUGGACACACAAGGAAUUUGUCUUGGUGCAUAUGCUCUCAGUGUACAUAAAAGAAAAGAUACGUUCAUCAAGGUACAACAUUUACAACACAAUUGAUGAUCAAUAUAUCAAUAUAAAUCAUAAGGAUUGCCAGCAACAAAGUUACAGUCAUACAGUCAUAAGUGGAAAGAGAUUGGUGAUGGGAACGAUGAGAAGAUUAAUAGUAGUGCAGAUUCAGUAAAUAGUCUGACAGUGUUGAUGGAAUUAAUUGUUUAGCAGAGUGAUGGCCUUCGGGAAAAAACUGUUCUUGUGUCUAGUUGUUCUGGUGUGCAGUGCUCUAUAGCGUCGUUUUGAGGGUAGGAGUUGAAACAGUUUAUGCCAAAAGGUUUCCACAAUUUUGGCCACGGCUGUAAUUAAAGGGCCUCCCUUUAAGGAUUAUCUUCAUUUGGCUGAUCUACUCCAGGGGUGGGUCCUACUUACCUUUACUACCAGUUCGCAAUGGGGCCGCAGAUGUGCGCUUUGCUUGCGCACUUCUUCGCAUGCGCAGAAGCUUCCUGAUGAUGUCCGGGUCAGUGGGCGGAGCCUUCCCCCGGUUUUACUACUGGUUCAUGCGAACCGGUCCGAACUGGGGGCAACCCACCACUGAUCCAUUCCAAAGGGAAAUCUGGGAACCAUUUCUGUUUCCACUUUAACAGCUCUAAGUUGUAUGGACUUCAAUUCCCACAAUUCCCAAGCCCGCAUGGCUAGUUGGGGAAUUCUAGAAGUUGAACACCAUGCAUUUAAAGCAUACUACCUAGGGAAUUUGGGGAGUUAGGAUAGGAUAGGAUAGGAUAGGAUAGGAUAGAAUAGAAUAGAAUAGAAUAGAAUAGAAUAACAGAGUUGGAAGGGACCUUGGAGGUCUUCUAGUCCAACCCCCUGCUUAGGCAAGAAACCCUAUAACAGUUCAGACAAACGGGUGUCCAAUCUCUUCUUAAAAACCUCCAGUGUUGGAGCAUUCACAACUUCUGGAGGCAAGUGGCUCCACUGAUUAAUUGUUCUUAUCAGUGCUGGGCUGCUGCCGAUUCAGGCAAACCGGUAGUAGUGACCUGCGGGUGGGCCUGCACCCCCUCCGGUGCUAUGCCAUCCUAUUAGCUCCAUUUUUUAAGCUGCGCGUAUCCAUCCAUCUUAAUCCAAAGAUGCUUUUCCGAAAGGCAACUGGACUUCCUUGGGUUUUUUUUUCCUUGAAAACAUUUCGCUUCUCUUCCCAAAAAACUUCUUAAGAACUGAAGAAGCUCCUUGGAUGAGAAGUGAAAUGUCUUCAAGGUCAGACAACGAAAGUCCAGUUGCCUUUUGGAUUGGAUUGAAGCCCCUUUCUGGGCAACCAGGACCUGGAUGAUUGCAAAUCUCCAUAAACAUUCACCAUCUUAAAACAUGGCUGGCUGGGGAAUUCUGGGAGUGGAAGUCCACCCAUCUUCACUCCUGCUCAUUCUUUUGUGGCUGUCCCCGGCUUUGGCAGCAUCUAAUGGCUGCCUUUCCACAUUGCUGGGUCAAAGGCUGGGUGCCGGUGCUGCAGGGAAUUCGCAACUUCCCUGUUCGCUCCGGCCAGUGCCUUCCUUCUUCACUAUCCCUCCAAGACAGCUAUGGCCCGUCAAGGGCCCCCAAAACAGUUGGAAUUUUGGCGCUCCCCUCGGAGCACCCGAGGUUCGCGUCAUCUCGCCACGACGCUGGACACGCCCAAGUCCACCCAUCUUAAAGCUGACUAAGUAGAGAAAACACAAGUUUGAAGAAACACAAUCUCUGAAUCCUAUUUCAACGCUUGAGAGCAAAAGGCAAAUUCCUGUUUCCCAUUCUGAAUUUUUACCGACGUAGAAUCGACAUCUUAAAACUUUGCACAGGAGCAAAGCACGCCCGUUAUUUCCGCUUGGAAGUGGGAACCGAUCCAUCUCGAUCUGGCAGGGCGAUGCCUCCUUCUUCACGUCCCUCGUUUGCACGUUGUGUAAAAUCUCCUCUCCUCCGGCUGGUUUUUACUCCCCCUGUGAUCUGUAGUGGACACCUUCAUUUUGUACGAAACCCUUUUGUUUCUCCUCCCCAAAAUUCUGUAUAAACCGACCUAUACAUAGAUAUAUCCUUAUACAGCAUAUAAAUAUAUAAAUAACAGGCCUAUUUAAAGGAAAUACCUUAUUAUUGCAUGCAAGAGUGGGUGGUUGUCAUGCAAGAGACUUGUUAAAUGUUUGAUACCAAAUGUUUUGCUACAACGUGGUCACUGCUGAAGACGGCCCUGACUACAA